GUCACCGAGACAGAUUAACCAUUGGCAGGGCACAACACGCCACGCAAGCACUCUUUUUUAGUCGACGCAGCCCGUGCAACAAAAAAUAAUAAACUUACCGGCGAUCCACGCACAUUUUGCCUGAAGCCUCCUACGGGUUUUGCCACGUGGACGGCGUGACAUCUGUCCACGGCAAGACCAAUAAGCAAACGCAAAAGUUUUUGCUCCAGCCCUGAAAAGUGGAAAAGCGGAAAGACCUGCAAAAGAUGUUUCCAAACAAAUUUGGCAGAGGCCAAUCUGUGGUACAGCCUUCCCGCCAGCGUACCAGCGGUCCAACGCCCAUGGACUCGCAGAAGGCAGACGAUGUGAAUGGAGAGUGGCCUGACGAAGAAUUUGACAACAGCGAUGAGGAAUAUGAAGAGCCAGGCAAGGAGGAGCAGGACGACGACGAUGAUGAUGCACACAAUUACGAAGAUCCAGAGGACAACGAGGGUGAGGAAUAUGAAAAGCCAGGCAAGGAGGAGCAGGACGACGACGACGAUGAUGAACACAAUUACGAAGAUCCAGAGGAGCCAGACGAUCCGCAUCAAUCAAGCAUCCCGAGGCAGGGCCAGGACACCCCACAGAGCCCAAAGGCCUCGUGGGCUCAGCAGGAGGAAGAAGAAGAUGAAGAUUAUGAAGUACCCAUCGAUGAGGAACUGGAGCUGCAAGCACACCGGGUGAACCCCCAGAGCUUCCACAGGGCAGCGGCGAAGGAGUCCACGUACAACGCAAGAGGAGCGGAGCGACGAUGUGACGAGGAGGACGAUGGACAAAACUAUGAGAAGCCAACAGAUGAGGACGCGAUUCAGCCACAUACGCCAUACGGGCGCCCUCAAAGCUCCCAGAAGCCAGCAAAGGAGUUUGGGCACAGCACGUACGCGGCACAGCCCGAGGCAGAGGAGGACGACGAUCAAGACUACGACGAUCCACCCGAAGAAAACCCAAACGGCGACACGGACGAUGACUACGUGCAGCCUGGGGCCUCUCUGGAACCCAAUGACCACGACUACGACAAGCCCGACGAGGAGGACCCUCCGGAGUACGAGCUGCCACCCAAGAGCCCCGACAACAACAGCCCCUCCGUGGUGCCGGCCCGCACGUGCGACGACGGCGUCUACGCCGAUGAACGCCGAUCGUUCAUCGUGCAGCAGAGACCCGUGCCCUCCGCUCCUCUGGCCGAGUCUUUUCGCCUCAAUUUGCAUACCAAGGAUCAAGAAAGCGACCGAGACUACGUGACGCCUAUCGCAGACAGCCCAACGAAAUCCGAUGACCGGACUUCGGUUGCACCUUUGUCAAAGGAGCAGAAGGCCGGGCCCAAGAGGGGCAACUCUGCACCUCCCUUCUCCAAAACUCAGAGCAACUGCAACAAGAACUUCCGCUCACUGUCGGGGCCUCACUGCCCCGUAACCUACCCGGCACGGCCUCACUCCGUGCUCGCCCACGUGGGUGCAAGAGCCCAGCACCCAGGAGCACACGCAACAGAGAAAGAAUGCCUCCCUCGGCACGUGAUGAGACCUCCGUCGAGCCCCAUCCCGCCGGCGAUCCACAACUUCGGCCAAAUGUCAUUGCAACACAACGGGCAGCAGCCGCAGCACCAGCAGCAGCAGCAGCAGCACCAGCACGGGGCUCGCGUCCAUCACCCCCUCCACCUGGGGCGGAGUGCUUCCACGCAGCCGCCGCCACCGAAAUCCCCCAGCCCCUUGGCGCCGUUGGGCAAGCAGCACCAGCGGCAGAAGUCCGCAAGCAUCCCGCCGAUGGCGGCGGGCCGCCCCUUCAACAAUCGGUCGCCGCAGAAGCCGGCGCCGUUUCCUCCGAGCCGGCCGGCUGGGUUCCACGAGCAGUUGUCACCCGGCGGUGGCGGCGGUGGCGGCAGACUGCAUCUCCACCACACUCACGGCAAGCCGCCCAGCUCCCCGCUCCGUCGCCAGAACAACGUGCACCUUGAGGAUGCCGAAAGCUUCGCAGACCGAGGCGCCGAGUGUGAGCUGAAGAGGUCUCCCCCUGUUCCGCUGGCUCCAGUGAGCAGAUCGGACGCGGUGCGGCACCUGGAGAAGCUCGACGUGCACGCCAGGCCGAUGGUGCCGCUGUCGCCGAGGCCGCUGCUGUCGAGCCGCGAGGGGUCGUCCGAGGCGGUGACCCCGCCGUCGUCGGCAUCGGCGUCGUCGGUGUACCCCACGCUGCCGUACAGGCCCUCCCUCUCCCUCCCCACCGCCGCCCACCCCAGGUCUCCACUGCCAUCACCGUCCUUCCUGAGCAAUCAGACGUUUUCGAUGCUGACGCAGAAAUCAGAAGACUCGACCGGAUCACCUGAGAAAGAUUUACGAUAUCCAUAUCAGACCCACGAAAGUCAACUUUGCAGGCAUCCGUCUGAUAUGGAAAUCUACUCAAAGAUUUGGUAUGCCAGCAGGUUCGAUCGCAGGAAAGCCGAAGACAUUUUAAGAGCAUCAAACUUGGACGGAGCGUUCAUGGUGCGGAGAAGCUCCGGGCAUCAGCAGAACCAGCCGUACACGCUGGUGGUGUACUUCAAAAGGACCGUGUUCAACAUCCAGAUCCGCUACGUGGAGGCCGAGCAGAAGUACGCCCUCGGCAUGGAGAAGGCGGGCGAGGAGAGAUUCAACAGCGUGCCGGAGAUGAUCGAGCACUACGAGCUGAUGCCGCUCACGCUCAUUGGGAACCAGCAGACCGUGCGAGGGAGCACCCGGCUCCUCUACCCGAUAUCCUCGUGACCACUGCCGCCGCACCUGAUCCCAAAAGCCACAGCACUGCUGCACCAUCGCCACCAAAGUGGUCAUCCAUCCUCACAGGCGGAGUCUAAUUGGGGGGGGGGGGGGUUGGUGGGGCAGAGGUUCGCUUUGUGCCUCACAUUAGGAAU